AGUCCCGACCAGGAGCUAUCUGGGCAGCCUGCCCCUUUGCCAACCCUCCUAGCAGUGGAAGGAACCUGAGAGCUUCGCCAGCAGCUGUAGAGCAGCAGGAGUGGCCCAUGGACCUGCCAGAGGGUGAGGCUCGUGGUCCCUCUGCACAAAUGUACCUCUGGGAGCAGCCUGAGGAAGUGAAUUCCGAACCACUGCUCAGCCUAGAAGAACAAAUCCUUAACUCCACAUUUGAAGCCUGUGACCCUCACAAGACAGGCACUGUCUCUGUGGCCCACCUCCUGGCCUAUCUGGAGGCUGUGACAGGACAAGGCCCCCAGGAUGUACGCCUCCAAACACUGGCCCAAAGCUUGGACCCUUACGGGGAGGGUGCUGGAGCCACUGUGGAAUUGGACACCUUUCUGGUGGUCAUGCGGGACUGGAUUGCUGCCUGUCAGCUGCAGGGGGGAUUAGAGCAGACAGAGGAGACCGCCUUCAGGGGAGCCCUGGCUUCUCCACACCUGCCAUCUGCAUGCCCAGAAGCUGAGGAGCCAGCCAACUUAGAGAGCUUUGGAGGAGAAGACCCCAGGCCUGAGGGGCCUGCCACGGCUGAGCUGUUGAGCAGCCUGGAGGAUCUAGAGCUCAGCAACCGGCGCCUGGCUGGUGAGAACGCCAAGCUGCAGCGCAGUGUGGAGACUGCAGAGGAGAGUUCCGCUCGCCUAGGGGAGGAGAUCGCAGCUCUGCGCAGGCAGCUGCGAAGUACCCAGCAGGCCCUGCAGGUGGCCAAGGCUUUGGAUGAGGAGCUAGAGGACCUGAAGACUUUGGCCAAGAGCCUGGAAGAGCAGAAUCGGAGCCUGAUUGCCCAGGCCCGGCAUACAGAGAAGGAGCAGCAGCACUUGGUGGCUGAGGUGGAGACACUACAGAAGGAGAAUGGGAAGCUGCUAGCAGAGCGAGACGGAGUGAAGAGGCGGAGUGAGGAGCUGGCCACAGAGAAAGAUGCUUUGAAGCGGCAGCUCUGUGAGUGUGAACAACUCAUUUGCCAGCGUGAAGCAGUCCUCUCAGAGCGUACCCGCCAUGCAGAGAGUCUGGCCCAGACCUUGGAGGAGUACAGAGCCACCACCCAGGAACUAAGGCAAGAAAUCUCAAGCCUGGAGGAGCAGUUGAGUCAGAGCCAGGAGCACCCAGAGGAG